CGACCAUGUGCCGACACCUUACCGAUGGGGGAGGACCUUCCUGCGCCGCACGCGCCUCAGUGUGAAGAAAGUGACGCUCGGCUCUAGACACGAUGAUGCUUCGGCUGUUGCUGCUUCUCGGGGGAGUGUCGUCGCUCGUAGCAGCCCAAGACAAGGGUGAGGACCUCACCGCCAAUGGGAACGAAAUCAUUGACGGCCUGCUGCGAGAGGCAAGAGACAGCGACUCCAUACAGAAGAAAAUAAACCCUGUGAUUGUUAAGCACGUGGAACUCGACGACCGCAGGGGUCACGUCGAGAACAUAUCCAUAUAUGGCCUCUCUUCCCUCGCUCGUCAUGGUGACGUUAACAUCACUUUCAGCGAAGCGAACUUGGUCAUCAUCACGGGCCGACUGCGGGCAGAUGACCUGAACAUGUCAGGUCGAUACCUCUACCGGCCAUCGCGUUUUUUCCGACUUCGCGGAAGCCUCGGCGCUACUCUCAACUACUUCGUCGUCGAAAUUGGAAUGGAAGUCAAUACCGAACUGAAUAGAGCCAGCGUUACCACGUUCAAGGUUGUUGAACUUGGAAAGAUCAAGGUAACAAAGUUUACGGGAGCGUCGUUCGCCUUCAACUGGCUCGGGAAGUUCAUUAUCAACAAGAUACUGAACGGCCGAAGCUUCUCAAUAUCUGAGCGCCUAGAAAUAAGCGGUAAAAAAGCGCUAAACCGGCUCCUGGAGGAGAAGGAAAUUAGGUUUAAAUGAAACGUGGGCGUAAACUUAUCGUUUU